AUGGACACCGUGGUGAUGGAUCACGAUCAAACCAUUAGCCCAAACGAGGCUCAGCUUCCUCACAACAACAACAUUCCAGACGACAACAUGGGUGGUCUGGAGGAUUCACCUCAAAUAACACCCGACCAAAACGGCUUCCCAGAUCGCCAUUACCAACAGCAAUUCGAUCAGAACCUCAACAGCUCACCACGGUCAUAUUCCCAACACGACAACUUUGACUCAGACCGAUAUGCCACACCACCAGCACCCCAGCCUUCAACAUCACGACCGCCCUCGGGGCUCGGAGGCCAGAACCCAUCCCAGUCCGCCGAAAACGGCUCUCGGACAACCGCCGGCGGGAGUUCCAGCGAGCAAGCCAACGGGCGCAAUCAUGUCGUGAUCAAGGUUGGCAUGGUUGGUGAUGCGCAGAUUGGCAAGACAAGCUUGAUGGUCAAAUAUGUUGAAGGCAGUUGGGACGAGGACUACAUCCAGACUCUGGGCGUUAACUUCAUGGAAAAGACCAUUAGCAUCCGCAACACCGAGAUCACCUUCAGCAUUUGGGAUCUUGGCGGUCAACGCGAGUUCGUCAAUAUGCUGCCGCUCGUGUGCAACGAUGCUGUAGCCAUCCUCUUCAUGUUCGACUUGACCCGCAAGAGCACGUUGAACAGCAUCAAGGAAUGGUACCGUCAGGGGCGAGGAUUCAACAAGACGGCCAUUCCCGUCCUUGUAGGCACAAAGUACGAUCACUUUGUGAACCUUUCGCGGGAGGAGCAGGAGGAAAUCUCCAACCAGGCUCGGCGAUUCGCCAAGGCGAUGCGUGCGGCACUGAUCUUUAGCAGCACCAGUCACAGCAUCAAUGUUCAAAAGAUCUUCAAGAUCGUACUAUCCAAAGCCUUCGACCUAAAAUGCACAAUUCCCGAAAUUAGCAACGUUGGCGAGCCACUUCUCCUGUACCAGUCUGUAUAGGUCGAUGAGUAAACUCGACGCUGUCAACCGUCUUCGCGACAACUGUGCGAGCGGCCUCCUCCGACGAUCUGCAACCUGCAUUAAUACCCCUGGCUGGCGUCGGAGCGACGGCACAUGUCGAGUACCUGCAACGGUCACUCGACAGCGACAUGGGAGGCCCAAUUAACGGAAUACCGAGGCGCGGUCCCCAUUGCAUAUAUUCGCUUCAUAGGCCCUCCAUGCCCAAACACCCUCGAGGUAACUCCACACGUUAGGACAGUGGCAUUUUGUGAUGAUUUGGUCCGUGGCUUAGCAAAUAAAGCACAAUGGAGGACGGCAAAUGGGCAUGGGUCGCGAUAAAAACGAGACAUAAUAGUCUUUGGAGUCCGGUUGUAAGAAACGGCUGGUGAGGACCGAUCAUACCAAAUUGGGCAUCUCAAUCCGAUAUACGAUGGGGAAGGGUAUUCUAUACCAUGAAUGCGGAGCACAAGGAAUACGUGGGGUGUGUGCCUUUGGUCCUUCAGGCGUGGAAUCGUCCCCGGUACAGGUAGAAAGGGACUGGAUGUUCAUUCUUUGGUAGUAUGUGUUUUAAUUCCCUGUUGGCAGUCAACAUAUCGGUAUUUUCCUG